CGGCUAAAGCAGGUUCUAAGUGACAUCGUGUCGUGACUUCAAUUAAUUGCAACUGGUUUAAAAUAACAAUAAUAAUAAAAUCUCAAUACACAAGAUGUGCAAGUAUUAUAUGUUAAUUAUCGUAUUGCAUACGCUAUACGAGACGGCAUUGGGUGCCCAGCUGCCUGAGGACAUCAAGAAAUGCCAUUUUGGGGACUCGAAAUGUCUUAUAGGCAGCAUUAAUGACCUGAUCAAGCGUUAUCCCAAGGGCAUACCGGAGAUUGGGCUGCCUCCGCUAGACUUCACCCGGCUGGAGGAUGUCGCGAUUCUGGACAAGCCCACUGUUGGUGCUGUUUGGUUAACCUUUUACACGCGCGACAAUGUCAAUAGGGGCUUCAAUAAUGCCACCAUUACCCAUGUGGACGGCUUCAGUCGAGAUCCAACCAAAAACAUAAUGAUCAUUGAGGCGCACAUACCCAGUGUCAUCCACGAGGCAACCUACGAUAUGCUGGGUCGCUAUCUGUUGUUUGUGGCGAAUACGACGGGCAAAUUGAAAUCCGAUUUUCAGAAUGUUCAUUUGAAACUGACCAUAAAGGGUGUACUGGAAUAUCGGAACAACAAACGCUAUUUGAAGAUCUACGAACUAAAGCCAAAAGUUGAGCUGGAUCGCUGGAUAGUUUGGUUUGAUAACUUAUAUAGGGAAAAUACGGAUCUUACGAUUGCGGUCAAUCGGGCCUUCAACGAAAAUUGGUUGGAGUUCUGGAACGGCCUUGAACCUGGGCUAAUGAAAUCCUUUGCCCAAUGCUUUACGGGCAUGCUGAAUAAGGUCUUUGAAAAUGUGGCCUAUGACGAUAUGUUUUUGCCAGACGUUGGCGAAAACGAAUGAACAAAUAAUUGCAUACAAUUUGUAUAUAUAUAUAUUAAUUUAGUAUUAACAUUUUGUUGUGAAGGUUUGUGCAACUUUUCUUACCGGUUUAUGGCGGAGCACUUGGUACCUUGUCGACAGAGAAAGCCAUUUUUGUACUCUGUUCGGAAAGUAAAAAAGAGUAUAUUGGUAUUCUACAUGGAUCGUUUUUCUGUCUGUGCGUUACGAAUAUAAUACACGAAUCUUCAAUGUAUAGAUUUUAUUUUGUAUUGUUUUUAUUA